AUGCCAUCAGCCACCGUUGACUCGGAUUCACCGUCGAGUUCCCCGUCCAUCUCUUUCUCUUCUACUGCCACCCAAGAACCAGUCGACGUCAUCAGUGCUCUCCCAAAGGACAGCUCAGAGGAAGCGGCGAUUGUCUCCAUAUACUCAAUGUACGGCGACGACAGUCACAAUCGACACAGUUGGAACCCUCCUUCGAGUUAUACCUUCUCAAGGUCAUCGUUGUUGAAGCAGCAUGAAUCUUUGAAUGGCAACGGCCAUCCCAGGGAGAAUAGUUACGAAAGUGGAGAGCUAGCAUACCUCCAAAACCGACACUCGGCGAUAAUAGACCUUACAGCUGAAGCUAGAAACUCGCAGAGGAAUUCAGAGUACAAUAAACGGUCCUCCGCGGGCAGCCACAAGACCGGCAACUUCACUUCAUUGUCCUCCACACCGGCCACAUCCAGCUAUUCUCCCUCGACCACACGUUAUUCCUCGACAACGAGGUCGAGUUUCAAAGAUUUAUCACCAAUUUCUUCCCCGUCGACCCUCAUUCGCCCAGUACCUGUUGCACUGCCCACAACUGUCGACCACAGUCCACGUCUUAGUCCGACGCCCCAAUACCUCAAUGUACCUCUUUCUCGUCCUAGUUCACAUCACUCACAACGAUCCGAACGUUCCCGGCAGACGAUGGAGCAAGCAGCAGAAGAUGUACCAGCGUCAAGCUCACCAACACCUUCCCCAAAAGCCACUUCGAGUCUUCCAUUAAAACACCCAGUUUAUACUGGAUCACCCGAGUCCAACACUUCGUUAGUCCCCUCUGAGGGCGAAGACAUGGAUGCCUUUCAUGUACGGAACACGUAUGCUCAACUCGACGUUUCCGGUGUCAAGGGUGAUGGUUACGAGGACGGUGUUGAGCGCACCCGUGCCCGGGUCGGUGGCAGUCGUGCGAGUCAAAUCAAUGCAGCUGCUGCGAUUGGAGACGGCAACGAGAAGAAAGGCGAUUUGGAUGAACGGGAGUUGAUUGCAUUGGCUAGUGUCGAUCGUUAUGGCUUCUUCUCUACUCUCUCUCACGACAGACUAGUCCUUUUGCCUUCGGCACCCUUAACCAAACGACUCACACCCAAUUCAUCACCUGGGCCUAGAGAUGCAUCAACUUCAGGGACCACAUUGUCUUCAUUACCCCCUUCUCAACCUCUCCUGAAGGAAACAUCGCGAAUAGGGAAAUGGGCACGGAUGUUAAGACCACGAAAGCGGGAGGUCGGAGGGAACGUUGAUUCAUGGGUCGUAAAGCCAAGCAAAGAGUCCAAGCUUCGUGAGAGGACGUACAAAGGCGUACCGGACAGAUGGCGGCCUGCUGCAUGGGAACUCUUCUUGUCCCGAAACGCCUCUGCAGAUGUCUGUAGUGGGGGACAUGGGCAUGGAGCAACGGAGUCCUUUUCAAUGCAACAACUGGAACAAGACUACAAAGACUGCCUGGACAAGCCAUCGACCUACGAUAUCCAAAUUGACCUUGAUGUACCUCGGACCAUCUCUGGGCAUGUCCUGUUUCGAACGCGAUAUGGAGCAGGCCAGCGUUCACUGUUCCACGUCUUACAUUGUUUCUCGUUGCGCUGUUCAGCAUGUGGUUAUGUGCAAGGCAUGGGCCCCAUCGCUGCUACCUUACUAUGCUACUUUCCUCCGUCACAUGUGUAUGCUUCUCUUGUCCGUCUUCACUCCUCUCCAGACUAUGCGCUUCACACAAUAUUUGCACCGGGAUUUCCGGGCUUACUCGAGGCAAUCUUUGUUCAGGAGAGGAUUAUCAGAGAGCUGUUGCCGGCAGUGUACAAGGCAUUUGGAGACAUGGGGGUUAGCACAACGAGUUACGCUACGAAAUGGUAUAUCACGCUGUUUGCGAACAGUGUUACCUUCCAGACGCAGUUGAGAUUGUGGGACGCGUUUCUGUUGGAAGGAAAGGACGUGUUUGUGGUGCUUGCCGUUGGAGUGGUCUGGGUCUUCAGAGACCAAAUCACUUCUGCUUCUGCCAAUUUUGAAACCGUUCUUUCUCUACUUUCUUCGUUCUUCGUACCAGAAGAUGAGAAUAUCUUACUCUCUUGGGUCGGAAAAACAAUGGCGGACAAGAAGGUUCGUGCCAAUAUGAUGCGUUGGAGAGCUGACUGGCAGGAGAUAGUUAUGGAAGGAAAGGAAGCAACUGUGUUGCUUUGA